UCUGAUAGUUUGCUUUCUUCAGACACAAAUAUUUGAAAAACUCUUCCAGUGACAUAUUCAUUAAGUUAAGGAUGGAAACAGCUAGUAUUACUACUAUUUUUAUAUAACUAUGCGGUUGAUUAAUUCAUUACUGACAACCUAUAUCGUUUAGUCACAAAUGAUAAACAGUAGUGUUAAUUUAUACUUGAAUCGCCGUAAUAAGACAAAAGACUGCAUCGACCUAUACGUCAGACUUAUAAUCACUUCAGGACUGUUUAGUCAAAGUACAGUUGUUUACUCUCAGCUUGGUGUUAUGUUAUAAAAUGUGAAGCAUGCAUUCUCAUAUCAUUUUUAUAAGCGUCAGUGAAAAUGAGAGGAAUAUUUACGUUGACUAUGCUGCUAAUUUUAAGCAUUCUGUGUUUGGAAACAGCUGAGGCUUCCCUUUUGACAAGUGUAGUAUGUUUACUGGCCGCCUGUGAAAGUAAAGAUUCCGACAGCUUACUAAGUUGCCUUCUAAAGCUUUUUAAGGAGGUUUUUUGUCAAUUUUCACAAGUUGCAAGACGUAUCUUGUCAAUAAAAAUCAGGGAUUUGACGAUGAAAUAUGCCACUCAGAAGUUGGGGUUAACAGCAAGUCCGAAGGCAGAAUAAGCAGACUGUGUUCUGUUCCAUCCCACAACAGUAGUACUUACUUUUGAGAUUAUUAAAAUGACGUUGAGUGAGAAAACUGUGUUCUAAUACUAUUAUUUUGAUGAUCAUUACUUAUGAAACGUAAAACAGGAAGAAGGACAAUACACCAAAAUGUUUAAAAAAGAUAUUUUUAAUCAAUAAAACUUUCGUUUUGC